AAGCAAUACCACAGCUGGGCCACUGGCAAUGCUCAGCUUCAGUUUGUCCACGAGGGCGUGGUUGCGACUGGGUGGUUUCCUGGUGGCUGCCUUGGCCUACUUGCUACAAGCCCACCGAAGUCUUUCUUCCAGAGCGGCAAGCUAUGUGAAAGCCGGCCACUGGGCCGUGGUGCUCGGAGGCAGUGAAGGUAUUGGUGAGGCCUGGGCCUUUCAACUGGCUCACCUGGACAUGAACUUGGUGUUGGUGGCCAGGCGUCUGAAGCCCUUGGAGGAUGUGAAAGAGGCUCUGCUGAAGAGCAAACCAAACAUCCAGGUGGAUCUCGUCACGCAGGACCUGGCGCAGCUGAACGAGAGCCGCAUCGCCGAGAUGUUGGAAGGCCGCGAGGUGAGACUGUUGAUCCACAACGCGGCACAUGUGGGAGCGACGGGUAGCUUUUUAGAUGCUGACCUAGGUUCAUUCAUGUCAUCUGUUGAUGUGAACGUGAAAAGCGUGGCGACUGCCAGCUACGUCUUUGGCAAUGAGUUGAAGCUGCGAGGCGUUCCCGGAGGCAUCGUGCUGAUGUCGUCGAUUGCUGGUGAAGUAGGAUCUGCCUACGUAGCAAACUAUGCAGCCACAAAGGCCUAUAUCACAACCCUGUCAAGGGGCCUCUCGGAUGAAUGGUGGCCAAUAGGCGUCGAUGCUUUGGCCUGUGUGGCUGGUGCCACCAUCACGCCGACGUAUCUACAAAGCACUUCGGCUGGAGCGCGGGCGUUGAUUGAACAGGAGCCCCUGGACGUCGUCCAAGAGUGCUUAGCCAAUUUGGGAAGGACAUCUAUGAUUGUCACAGGGGCGUUGAACAAAAUGGCCACAGCGAUUUGGACUCGAGUGCUCCCGAAGGGCUUUGCGACCCAGACCAUUGGGCAGCAAACUGGCCGCAUGCUUGGCAUCUCAUGAGGUGAGCGCUGACAAGAUGUUGGCUGCCAUCAUGACCUGUCAAGAACUUGAAGAAACG